UGCCGAGCCUCGGCUGUGUUGCGCUCACUCUGCUCUCAGAUCAGCCGCUGCUGCUGCUGCUGCUCACCGCUGCGCACCUGACAACUCAUCCGCAGCGAGUUGGAGGCGCCACACACGGAGCACCGAGUCAUCCGGCAGCAGACACACACACACACAGCCAGCAUGUCGUCCUACGUGACCUCAGAGUGCCGCCGGGUCAGCCCCUCGGUCCACGGCAACAAGUUCGACACGGCGCACCGCAAGAAGGCCUCGGCCAACAUCUUCGAGAACGUCAACCAGGACGCGCUGAUGAGGCUCUUCCAGAAAACCGGUGACAUGAAGGCGGAGGAGCGAGUGAGGAGCAUCUUCUCCUACACCCAGGACCCGGAGGAGACGGCCCGGGCCCUGAUGGCGCUGAAGCAGCGCAAGAAGGACAAGUUCCUGCAGAUCGCCGGGAUGCUCCGGCAGCUGCUCAAGAUGCGCUGACCGGGAGCGCGUCCAGCCUUCCUGUCUGUCUGUCGGCUCCACUGCGUGAGCCGAGCGUGAAAACACUCCCGAUGUGACCGGGUCUCCCGCGCUGUCGCCUGGGAAAAAAACGGAGAGCGAUGCGCUCCCGGAGGAGCGGAGCACCGAGGCGCAGCAGCCGGACGGAGGUCCUGCAGCCCGGAGCGGAGCAGAGAGGCUCCUGGGACAACACGAGCUGUCUGAACAUGGGAAUACGAAGCAGCACGAACACGUCUUCCCCUGAGACUUGAACCCGAUGAACGCAUUCCUGUCGGAUGCCUGACUGUGAAGCAGCACCUUGUACAGGUGUCGCCUCCAUCACCUCGGCGGUGCGGCUGAAGAUGGAGGCGCACAGCUGCAAACACCAGACUUUAAUAGUGCCGAACAACCUGAAUGCCUGUCCUGAACACACGCCUUUGUUUUCUAUGAACACUGUUCAUUAGUGGCCACUAAUGUGUUGCUGUUGUUGUUGUCACUAACUGUUGCAGCACGAUGAUUUGUGCUCCUUUUGUUUGUCCUUUUUUAAUAAAUUAUUACAUUGUCUACAUAAAACUGAA